AUGGCCAAGUUUUCUCCUCAAUCCCCAAUAGCCAAAACAUUUUUCUCUUUUUUCCUUUCUUUAUUUUUCUUAUUCAUAAUCUUCUCCUCAUCCACUGCGACGAUUCAAAAUAAUAAUAGAAGGCUUGAAGGUAAGGUAGCAAUAAUAACUGGUGGAGCUAGUGGCAUAGGAGCAGCCACUGCUAGACUUUUUGUUCACCAAGGUGCAAAAGUUGUAAUUUGUGACAUUCAGGACAAGCUUGGAACAUCCGUAGCACAACAAAUUGGCAAUAAGCAAACAAUUAUCUAUGUCCAUUGUGAUGUCUCGAUAGAAGCGGACGUAAAAAAUGUUGUUAAUACAACAAUUGCUAAAUUUGGUAAGCUCGACAUAAUGUUUAGUAACGCUGGUGUAAUGGGCAAUCCAUUUACCAGUAUCCAAGACAUUGAUUACAACAUGAUUAAGAACAUAUUCGAUGUAAACGUUGUUGGAGGGUUUUUUUGCGCGAAACAUGCUGCUAGAGUGAUGAUUCCGAAAAAGAAAGGUGUCAUUAUUUUCACAACAAGUAUAGUGUCGACAUUUUAUAGUGAUUUGGUUCACAUCUAUACUACUUCAAAGAAUGCACUUUUGGGACUUACCAAGAAUGUUGGAGUCGAAUUAGCAAAAUACGGAAUAAGAGUUAAUAGUGUUUCUCCUUAUACAAUUAGCACACCAUUGAUGUUAAAUGCAUUUAAAGUAAACAAAGAAAUGGCUGAUAAAUGGUUUACAGAAGGAGGAAAUUUGAAAGGAGUUUUACUAAGUGUGGAAGAUGUAGCAGAUGGAGUGUUGUAUUUGGCAAGUGAUGAAUCUAGAUAUGCAAGUGGACUUAAUCUUAUAAUUGAUGGUGGUUAUACCACUACAAAUGUGGCUUUACCAGAGGUCUACAAGAGAUUGUUCAUCAACAAAACAAUGUAA